CCAUUGCUAUAUUCACACACUACUGAUAACAGUGGAUGAGUGAGCUACUUGAUACGAAAGACACUAGCAUUGCUCUGCGUAACAUUGAUUCAAUAUGAAUACGUUCACUGUAGCAGCCGUGACUUUUCUGAUCUGCAUGACACUGCUGUCCACAUCAGAAGGUAGACCACCACUUCGAUGCCAGUGUGUUGGAUCAUAUUUAGGAAAACCCAUUUCUAUCGACAAAGUAGAUUCAAUAAAGACAUUUGCUGCUGGUCCGCAUUGCAAAAAUGUGGAGAUCAUAGCCAUAGUGAAGCAUAAAAAUAACAAAAGCACAACAACCUGUCUGAAUCCCAGUGAUGCCUGGGUGAAAUCUCUUAUGGAAGAAUGGAACAAGAAAUCAAACAGUAUCAUAGGCAGUAUGAAUAAAAAAACAACUUAGUUGCUCACUAAAGAACACAAAGAGGACAUUCUGACUAUAUAAGACCGCAGCUGAUGUUUGUUUGAAGGAAUUUAUCAAAUGUAUUUGACACUAUAACAAUACAAAUGUUUAGGGUCACUUAUUCAUCCCUCUUGUUCAUCAAAACUAUAAAACAACAAAUGCUAUUAUGGGAAUUGUGUUGUGACAAAAUAAAUAAUGAAUGAAAACUUACAUGUAACAUCGUCAGUGUAGUCACCCCGAGAUGCUUCUUAAGCACUAUAGUGAAGGAGUUCCCAUCUAUUCUGGGCUCCUAUUUUUCUUUUUAUGAAUUAUUCAGAUGUCAAGUCAUCAAAAACAUUUUAAAUACAUUUUAGUUUUGUAAUGAAAGAAAAUAAUAUGUUGGCAAUAUCAAACUUUCGGACCUGUAGAUCAAAAUGUUUUACAGAAUUGUGAAAAACAUUUUAGUCAACUGACCCUAAACAUUUGAACGGUGUAAUCUGGUUUGUUUUUAUUUAUUUAUUUGUAAGGAUGGAUGAUAUAACAUAAUAGAUUGUAAUAUUCUUUUGCUACCAAAUGUUUAACAGAAUAAAAUGUUAUUUUUAUUACUGUAAA